AUGCCAAAGAAGAGCAAGUGCUUGGUGGUGUUCAUUAUGAUUCUCUCGUUGUUGUUGGCUGUGCAAUCCCAAGGAACACCAGAAAGCAGCCUGCUGCAAGAUAUGCCUCAAAACAUCCAUCCCACAAGUAAAAGAAUUAUAAUAGCAAUCCUUACUGCUAUGUUGGGCAUAUCAUUUCUCGUUCUGGCUUACGUAAAGUUCUGUAAAAUCCGCUCCUUUACUGAGUCUGAUGAUCUAAACCUAGAUAUGAACAAUAAUCCAGGAAUAAGUCGUCGAUCUUCAUCUGGGUCAAGAUAUGCCGGGAUAGACAAACAAGUGAUCCAAGCACUGCCAUUUUUCAAGUUCUCUUCACUCAAAGGGUCAAAAGAAGGCUUAGAAUGUGCAGUUUGUCUGUCAAAAUUCGAUGAUGUUGAGGUUCUCAGGUUGCUGCCGAAGUGUAAGCAUGCUUUCCACAUGAAUUGCAUCGAUAGGUGGCUCGAAUGUCACUCGACUUGUCCUCUUUGCAGAGACAAGGUUGAUCUUAAGGAUAUCAAGACAUUCAAUUCCUCCAUCAGUUCCAGGUUCCUUCGAGUUCCUUCCGACAUAACAGAAGUUCCCGACCUUGAAAUCUUUGUUCAGAGGGAGCAAUCAAACAUGGGUUCUUCUGUAUUUAAUGAUUGGAAACCUGUGCAUAGACUUAAUCAUAAAAUAGUUAUAUCUGAUGUAGCUACUAGGAGCAGAUGGAGUGAUCUUAAUUCGUCGGACUUGCUGUCGUUGAAUUCUGAGAUCCUGAGCACGACAUUCUCUGAGGAAGACAACUCGUUUACAUUGCUGACUGCUCCGGGGGAGAAGAGAUCCAUGUCGGAGAUUGCCAAGGUGGCGAGGUUUGCAGAAAGCGUCAACGUGGAGGAUAAUGAGAGGGAAGAGAAAGUGAGGAGGAUUUGGUUGCCGAUUGUGGAGCGAACUGUGCAGUGGUUUGCGAGUGGAGAGAGCAUCUCGACAGAGCCGGAACCCAAUGGAUUUGCUCCAAAUGUUUGA